AUGAAUUCGUUUGUGAGUUAUUUUAUUUCACUUAGAUCAAACAGUAAAGUUCAAUUUGCUUUCACAGCCCUUAGCGCGACAAUAGCUACAGCAACCGCGAUAUUUUCGUAUCAAUCAUUUCAAAGGCAAGCGCGUACUCAAGCUCUUAAAAAGGAUCUUUCUUCUUUGCCGCCUUCAGAAAGGUCAAUCCAGCCAAGAAAGCUUAGUGUUGAGGAAUUAAGUGCCGUCACUGACCAGAUUCAAUUUGAUGAAACACUUAUAAAAGAACAAUUGGCUAGAAACAUUGCCUUCCUUGGCGAAAAAGGAGUUGCCAAAUUACGAAAAUCUUUCAUUAUAAUUGUUGGAGCCGGCGGUGUCGGAUCUUGGGCUGCACUAAUGCUGGUUCGUUCUGGAGUUGAACAUAUUAGAAUUAUAGACUUUGACCAAGUAACAUUGAGUAGUUUGAAUAGACAUGCUGUUGCAACACACUCAGAUGUCGGUGUUCCCAAAGUUAUUGCGUUGCAAAAAAAUUUUAGAGAAUUUGCACCAUGGGUAAAGGUUGAGCCAAUUAUUGAACUUUUUACUAAAGAAAGCGCGCCUCAUCUCUUAUCGGGAAAUCCGGAUUUCAUUGUUGACGCAAUUGAUAAUAUUGAUACAAAAAUUGAUCUUCUCAAAUAUUGCCAUGACAAUAAAUUACCGAUUUUGAGUUCGAUGGGAGCUGGUGCUAAAGCCGAUCCAUCACGUGUCCAAAUGAGCGAUAUAGGUCAAACGAUUGAAGAUCCACUUGCAAGAGCUGUUCGGCGCCGCCUUAAAAAGCUUGGUGUUGAAUCAGGGAUCACGGUAGUAUAUUCUACCGAAAAGCCUAAUAUAAAAUUGUUGCCAUUAGAUGAAAGUCGUGUCCAAAGUGCAGGAGAAUAUGCUACAUUACCUGAUUUCCGGUCAAGAAUUUUGCCAGUAUUAGGCACAAUUCCUGCAAUUUUCGGAAUGUCAAUCGCAACUUAUAUUAUCACUAGUGUUUCUGGGCAUCAUGUGGAACCGUUAGCUAAUAAAAAUCGCGAACCAUUAUAUAAUCGAAUGCACCGCGAUUUGCUGAAUAGAGAAAGGAGGAAAUAUGAUGUAACAGCAAUACCUCUAGACGUUCACGAUGUUGGAUAUAUCUUUGAUGAGAUAUUUCGUAGCAAAAGUGUGGUGUCGGGAACAUGGGAGAAACCAACUCUUGUUAGAUGGAAAAACAAUGUCCCUUUAUCACUACAGAAUUGUGUAGUGAUGACUAAAGCGGAAGCAGACGCACACGAAAAUAUUGAUGAUCCUGAAAUAUAUUAUCCACCUGAAGUUAUAAAAUUGGUUCAUACCAGAUUUCAAGAAGAAAAAGAAAUAGCUUUAUUUC